AUGGCUCAAAACCAGGAACGAAAUGUGGACAGGUAUGCCCCAAAGCCGCAGGACCCGGCUACACGGGCACGCCACAUAUCCGAAGCAAAGAUCCAUCUUGAUAGAAUCUACUUCUCGGAUACAUUUGUCGAGCUCUUGCGAGAGGGCCUCGAGGAUGGAACCGGACUGGCUCGGUACAUAGUCGAACACCAGCGUCUCUGCUUUAAUGACGAGAAAUGGCGCAGUCUCUUCCAGAGCGCUUUGCGUAGAAAGUUUGAAUUACAGGAGCCGGAAGAAGGAAUGUUUGAGAGCCCCGCAGCUGAUAAAGAGGCCUUCAAUAGUGUUCUCCAGAAGGUCUGGGAAGAUUACUUCCCAAAGGAAGCGCGUGAUAAUCUGGAGAGCCGCAAACCCGACUCGGAGGUUUUCGGCAGUGUUUUGCUCGCGGGUUGGCCAAAGGUUCCUGCAGCAUCUGUGACGCAGCUGGUCUUGGAUGGACCUCUAAUUGAGACGUUCCUGGACAUGCUUAGGAAGAAAAAAGCGCAAACAGAGCUCGUAUACAGUGUAUAUGAGCCAAAGUUUACCAAGACUAUCCGGGAGCUCAUUGACGAUCCCUUGUUCGCGAAACGAACUGACGAUCUCAGUCCCGAGGAUAUUGCUAAAUUGGUGCGCCGUAACGCUUUUCGUACCAUCCAAGACUGUCACUUCAACUUCGCCGAAUACGAUGUGGGAGGACCUGCUUUUUAUGCCGUGAAAUUUGAGAUUGGCGAGGAGUGGAGGCGUAUGAUUUCCUUCCAGGGUCGACUUGGGACUCUUUUGUCAGACGUUAUGAUGGACAGCACCCUGUGGUGUAUGAAUGAUGAGGAGCGCCGAGCGUUGAACGCUAGACUUUGGUGCAAAGCGUUUGAGAACGCUACUUUCCGCGCACAGCGAGAGGCAACUAAGCAGAAGUCAAUCGAGUAG